AUGCAGGCAUACGCAGAUGCUGCCAGGGAGGAGUUGAAGCAGGAGCUGAUUGGUGAUGGUCUCGCUGGGCGGCUGUCGCUGAGUACGGACAUCUGGACCAGUGAGAACAAUGUUGCUUUCAUGGUUGUCACCGUGCAUAGGAUCACUAAAGACUUCCAGCUGCGGCAGCACAUCCUGGAUUUCGUGCAGCUGGAGGGGUCACACAACGCGUCGCUGAUAGCGAAGACUCUUGAGGGCAUUCUGGCAGAAUGGGGACUGACCGAGAUGCUGUUCGCCGUCACGACGGAUAAUGCUGAGAACAACAACAAGGCCAUGCGCAUGCUUGCAGGAGUUCCAGCUGAGGGCGCGAUGGCGAGGAUUGAGUUCCCCUUGUUCCACGGAGAUCGUCACGUGCGCUGCAUUGCACAUGUCAUGAACAUUGCAGUGCAGGCGGCAUUGAAGAAAGAUGUGCGCUCGGAGAACUUUGCACGGCAGCAGCGCAUCCUGCUGCGGCGGGAUGAUGCACCCGUGCUUCGUCUGAUUGGCGACUCGCCGACACGAUGGGGGUCCACGUAUGACAUGAUCGUCCGUGCGUUGGAGCUGCAGCAGGCACUGGCCUUGCUCCUCAUGAGGACAGACGUGAGUGGUGGUGGUACUAAGCGUGGAGUGAUUGCAGCAAUGGGCUGGUCUGGUGUACGCGAACAGCUGGAUGGCCUUCGGCUGUCCGACGUGCACUGGGACGCUCUCGUCGAGCUCAAGGAGUUCCUUAAGCCGUUCAACUCCAUCACGAAGGCAGCCGAGGGUUCCUUGUACCCCACGGCUGCCUCGGUCGUGCCGAUGUACAACCAGCUGCUGGACAAGCUGGAAAUCUCCUUCCGCAAAGAGGGUGUCACUCCCCUCCGACAGGCUCUCAUCACUGCAGCUCUUGACAAGCUGAAGAAGAACAAGUAUGGGGAGAAGGAAGAGCUGGUGGUUGCCACCUUCCUGGACCCCCGCUACAAGACAGUCUUCUUCCAGCUGCCGAAAUGGGAGGCGCGCAAUGCUGCGCACGUGACAGAGGUGGGGGGGUGUGCUAGGAGGGUGCAGGAUGUGGAUGAAGGGACGGUGAUACGGCUGGUGCGUGCGCGUAUGGCCGAGUAUCAAGCGCGGGUGAACACCCGCCGGCAGGGUGGUGAGGUCACGAGUGAUACCGGGGGGGGCACUGGGCCUAGCAGCGUGACUGGUGGGGCCUCGGGCACGACGGGGGCUGGUGGAGGUGGGGGAGGGGGCUUUGAGCACUCCAUCUUUGACGAGAUGGAUGCCCUGGAGGCAGCUGCUGGAGGGGGGGCACAGGAUGAGGUGGACCGCUAUUUGGCCGAGCCGAGGCAGAGAGGUGGUUGUCCGCUGGCUUUCUGGCGGGCGAGGGAGGAUUUCACAGUUUUGAGAGAGAUGGCGCGUGACUAUUUGGCUGUGCCCGCUACUUCUGCUGCUAGCGAGCGAGCCUUUAGUCAGGGGAGGAACAUUAUUACAUGGCAGCGCCACCGCCUUAGUGAUGGCCGCGUACGCGCCGUCAUGGCAAUUAAGUCAUGGAUGGAGCAGAACACUAGCGGCAGGAGCCUCAACAUUGCAGGUGCCGCUCGGGUGCUCGAUGACCUUUGUUAUGAGGGUGAGGGUGAUGGGUUCUGA